AUGUUUCUGUGGGCUUCGAGCCCGUGCUUGGUAAUCGGACGUGGAGCGUUCCCUCUGGGGAAGAGUCGCUCGCUGACCUGUGGAGCAAACAGGAGGAGAGUUUCGUCCCUUGGAAGCAUAGAUUCUUUGGGAGCAACGCUGGGUAUUGCGCUCACUAGGGAACGAGGGAAGAACUCUAAACUUGCGACGCUUGUGCGGCGCCGGCUCCCAGAAGCUCGCAUAUACGAGCUGCCGUGCAUCGCUCAUAAGGUUCGGACAGAUGCAGACCGCAUCGUUCAGCUGCUGGCAUCCGACGCCGAUUCCAUAGACUGGAUUCUCAUAACGUCACCGACCGCGGCUGAAGUUUUCGCCCAGGUCGUCCGGUCUGCACAGGAGCGUGGACUUCAACGGCUGCCACCGAUAGCGUCUGUGGGUGCAGCUACGAAUACGGCGCUUUUGAAAUAUUCCUUGCAAGCGAACUUCAUACCAUCGCGUGCGAUUGGUGCAUGUUUAGGCGACGAGUUACCCGUUGAGAAGUUGCCCAAGGUGCGUAUUCUGUAUCCGACCUCUGCGAGCGCGAGCGAUGAAAUUGAGAAACGUCUCCGCUCGCGAGUUCCCGCGGUAGAAUUCAUUCGCAUAGAUAUGUACGAUACCAUCGAGGCGAAAUGGACAACAGAGGACAUUGACACUGCACGAAACAGUGUCGACCUUGUCACAUUGGCUUCGCCUUCAGCUGUAAAGGUUUGGGCCCAGCGGGUUGGAACCAAGCAGCCAGCUGUGUGCAUCGGAAAGACCUCAGCAGAUGCAGCGAAAGAGGUCGGAUUCAGCGAGGUGUACGCACCGUCUGAUCCGGGUUUAGAGGCCUGGGUGGAUACGCUCGUGCGAGUAUUUGAACAGAAGCGCACUGAGACUCGAGGAUAA